UAAAAUAUGUAAAUUUUUGGUAAUUUCGGCCAGAAAAUUAAUGCAGGCAAAAUAUUUUAGUUGUAGUGCCAAGACGAGUGUUAAGUGUCGACAGCUAGAAAUUUUAUGGAUGUACGGCUCAAUGUCAGAAAACAAGCAGUUGGUCCCGCAUGCUGUGCACUGCAUCAGAAUUCUGUCCAAUCUACCUUGCACUUUAUGUUCGUUGUUUUGCUAAGUAAUUCAUCGUACCCUAAAAUAUAAGGACAAAUGGCUGCUUAUAUAAAUCGCACAAUGUCUAUGAUUGGCGGCGAAAGUCAAUUUCGCUCGAAUGAUGCUAGAACUGAAAAUUCACCUCUACAGAUUUUCGUCAAGGCCAAGAAAAAGAUCAACCACAUUUUCGAGGAAAUAGAGGACUAUGUGCAAGACACGGUUGGAUUUAUGGGAUCUCUUCGAGAUGAUCGAGACAUCAUCAGUGCUGAAGAGGCAACGAGAGCCACCGCGUAUGUCGAGAAAGUUCAAGGGAUUCGAGAUGUUCUCAGACGAGAUAACAUGAAAGUUGCUUUCUUCGGAAGAACAAGCAAUGGAAAAAGCACAGUAAUCAACGCCAUGUUGCGUGAUAAAAUAUUACCCAGUGGCAUUGGGCACACGACAAACUGCUUUCUUCAAGUUGAAGGUUCUGAAAACAAUGAAUCCUAUUUAGUAACUGAAGGCUCUGAUGAAAAGCAACCAGUUCAGUCGGUUGGCCAACUUGGCCAUGCUUUGUGCAAAGAAAAACUUUGUGAGAGUCACUUAGUUCGAAUAUUCUGGCCAAAGGAUAAAUGUUUACUUUUAAGGGACGAUGUAGUAUUUGUCGACAGCCCAGGAGUCGACGUAACUCCAAAUCUAGAUGAAUGGAUAGACAAGCACUGCCUGGAUGCAGACGUUUUUGUGCUCGUCGCAAAUGCUGAAUCCACUCUUAUGGUCACGGAGAAAAAUUUCUUUCACAAAGUAUCAACGAAACUGUCGAAACCGAACAUUUUUAUUCUGAAUAAUCGAUGGGAUGCAUCAGCUUCUGAACCAGAAUUUUUAGAUGAGGUGAGAGCACAGCAUCAGGAACGUGCAAUCGAUUUUCUCACUAAGGAGUUGAAAGUCUACAAUUCGAAAGACGCGGAGGAACGAGUUUUCUUCAUCUCUGCAAAGGAAACAUUGUUAGCCCGUUUGGAGGAGCAGCGAGGCCAUCCUGCUCACAAUGGAGCACUUGCUGAUGGUUUCCAAAAUCGCUACUUUGAGUUUCAAGAUUUCGAAAGGAAAUUCGAAGAGUGUAUUUCAAAGUCAGCAGUGAAAACAAAAUUCGAACAACAUUCGCAACGUGGGAAGUACAUUGCUACGGAGAUUCGACAAACGCUGGACGAAAUACUCGAACGAACCCAAAAAAUGCGAGCUGAACAACUCAACAACAAAAAAGAAGUCCACGACAAAUUAAACUUUACAGAACAACAACUUCUGUUGUUAACUCAGGAAAUGAAGGAUAAAAUUCAUCACAUGGUCGAGGAUGUCGAACAGCGUGUUUCGAAAGCUUUAAGUGACGAAAUACGCAGACUCUCGGCUCUCGUCGAUGAAUUUAGCGUCCCAUUCCAUCCUGAACCGUUGGUAUUAAAUGUUUACAAACGGGAACUUCACGGCCACGUAGAAAAUGGCUUAGGAUCAAAUUUAAGAGCACGGCUCAGUACCGCAUUGGCUCUAAAUAUAGAAAAUUCACAACGCGAAAUGACCGAGCGAAUGUCAGUUUUACUCCCGGACAACAAGAAGCAAAUGUCCCUGAAUAUUCUGCCUCGCAGAGAACCCUUCGAAAUUUUGUACAGGCUCAACUGCGAUAAUCUCUGCGCCGAUUUCCACGAGGACCUAGAAUUCAGAUUCUCUUGGGGCAUUACUGCGAUGAUUAGCAGGUUUGCUGGCAAACAGAAUCAACGAGUGGCGAUUGCAAAUUAUCCCCAGGAUGUUCCACCGUAUAUUGCUUCUCCUGCGGAUAGUAUAGAUUCUUCGAAGUUUGUUACGAGCGUGACUUCUUUCCCAACGAGGCAUGAUGAUUGGUCGCUAGCUUCAAGAGUCGCAAUUGCUUCUAUAACUUCGCAAGGCACAAUGGGCGGAUUAAUUGUUGCCGGAUUUAUGCUGAAAACAGUAGGAUGGAGGUUAAUUGCAGUUACUGGCGCAGUAUAUGGUGCUUUGUAUCUCUACGAAAGAUUAACCUGGACGAACACUGCGAAAGAACGAGAAUUUAAAAGACAAUAUGUAGAUCAUGCCACCAAAAAAUUGAAACUCAUUGUUGAUCUCACUUCCGCAAAUUGCAGUCACCAAGUUCAGCAAGAACUUUCGAGCACAUUUGCCCGUCUUUGCCACUUGGUAGACGAAGCAACCUCGGAAAUGGACAUGGAUCUAAAAAAAAUAGCCACAACCCUUCGAACUCUCGAAGAGGCAGCUACAAGUGCUAAGGUCUUGAGAAACAAGGCGAAUUACCUGACCAACGAGCUCGAUCUAUUCGAUGCUGCUUACCUCAAAUCGUUGAAUUGAACUCUGGCAAAAAGUUGAUGCAGAACGAAAUACGAUUUCAAGUUAUUUAUGUGUAAAAAGGGGUUUAAGUAGCUUCUAUUUGCACCGUUAUAGAAUAAGUCGGAUAUCUAUACUUCAGUCUCGAUUUUUAAAACCGAUUGUGAAUUAUGGGAACCCCUUCUUACACGCGUAUGGAAUGUUUCUAUUUAAAAGUCUAGUCUAGAAUCUGUUUCAGAUGCUCGCAAAGAGAACGGUAAUUAAUUUCGAUUUUGCAAGAUUUUGAUUUUUUUUUCUUGAUUUUUUUGAGAUAGUAUUUUCUUUUUUAUUAUUCUGAAUCAAUUUCUCCCUUGGCUUAUCCAUAACCUUGCCAACUAAAUUGGGAGUGCGUUAUCAUUUUUUUAUUGCGAAUUUAUUCACUUUCGUGGGCAGCUGAUUGUGAAUUUCAUAGAUUAAUUAUACAUCUAGAUCUAUUAGAGAAUUAUUUUUAUUUAUAUGAGUAAUAAAAUGAUUACUAGAUUUUAAUAUUGAACAGAUGCAGAUUGUAUGUUAUAUUAAUAAAGUUGACGGUUGUAUACAAAA